AUGCAUUCUACUACAGGAGGAAGAAUAGGAUCAAGAUCAGGAUCAACCUCAACCUCAAACUCAAACUCAGCAGCUGGAGGAACAAGAGCGACGGGAGCCACAACAACAACAACCACGUCAUCAUCAACAGCAAGAAUAUUAGGUCCUACUCUUUUCCAAGAUGAAACCAAUUCUAAUCCUAAUCCUAAAUAUAUUCAACAAUAUUUAAGGUCGAUUAUUAUUCAUUCAUUAGAUACUUUAAAUUAUCAAAAUGCUGAAUUUGCCAGUGAGAGAUUAUUGGCUUUAAUGGAACAAAAACGUGAACAACAACUGCAUCAUCAUAAUCAUUCACAACCACAAUCACAAAGAGAUGAUGAAAAUGAUGAAUUUUUAGAUUCAAUCUAUUUAUAUUGUCUUGUAUUAUACCGACAAGAUAAAUAUAAAACUUGUUAUUAUAAAUUAAGUAAUUUGAAAAAAUUUGAUCAUCAUUUAAGUUGUUCAUUUCUUUAUGGUAAAUGUUGUUUAAAAUUGAAUAAAUUUAAAGAAGGGAUAUUUCAUUUGAUUAAAACUAAAAAAUAUCACGACAUAAAUACUAGUACUACUAACAACAACAACACGUCUAAAUUUUCUGGUGCAAACACAAGUAAUAAUGAUCGAUUCAAUAAAUUCAAUUAUGAAUAUAAUCGAAACAUUAAUCCUGAUAUAUCACUGAUUUAUCAUAUAUUGGGUGAUUUAUAUCGUGAGAUCAAUGAUUUGAAAAAUAGUUGUAUGAAUUAUACUUUAUGUUUGAAAUUAAAUCAAUUUGAUUUUGAAGCAUUUCAAAAAUUGUGUAAAUUGGGAGUUAAUAUUAGAGUCAAAUCAAUUUUCAAAUUUCAACACCAACCAUAUAGUAAAAAUAAUAUCAAUAAUGCCUUCACAAAUGUUAAUGUUAACACUAAUACUAAUUCAAAUAAUGAAGGACCAACAAUACCUGAUUUAACAAAUCCAUUUACUGAUAGAUCAUUCAACUCAAAAUUAACUCCAUCAAUUCACGUUGAUGACUUUAAUUUUUCAACACCAAGAGUGAAAACUACAAAUAAUAAUACCAGUAUAAGUUCCGAUGCCGCUUUACGUAAAUCUAAUUUGAACAAUGGAUCAACAACAAAUGCAAUCUCAAACAAUAGUGGAGGUAGUACCAAUAAUCCGAGUUCUAUCAAUGCUGCAGUUUCAGUGGCAGCAGCGGCGGCAGCAGCAGCAGCUUCAACUACCACGACAAACAAUAAUAACAACAAUUUAGAUUUCGAAUUUACCAAACCUAGUUACCCCGAUGAUAAAAGAAAAAGUCAAAGCACUUAUUUAAGAAUAACAUCAAGAUUGAUAUCACAGCCACAAUCUCUGCACAACCAGCACCACAACCACAACCACCAUCAACAACAACAACAACAACAACAACAAACAGGAUCAUCGCAGAUGGAAACACCUAAAAAAAGAAAUUUAAAGCGUAAUAACUCGGCUACGUUAGAUCCAAUAUAUCAUCAGGGCACUUCUGCAUCUAAUUCCACUACAAAUGCAAUUCCAGGUAUAAGUGCAGCAACAUCAUCACCUGCAACAUCAUCAUCUACUGCUUCCGCAUCAUCUCUAUCUUCUUCAUCAUCAAUUAUAAUUACUAAAGAGAUUGAAAAAAGUGAAAAACAUCUUUUGCAAUUAUAUUUAAAUUUAGGUAAGAGUUAUCGAAGUAUGUGUAAAUAUGAUUGUUACAAGGCAAUAAGAAUGUUAGAAACGUCAUUGAAUGAAUUUGAAAAAAAUACUCCUUGGGUUUUAAGUAAAUUGGGAAGAUUACAUUAUGAAAUUGUUAAUUAUCCUCAAUCAGAAUUGUAUUUCACCAAAUUGAGAAAAUUGGAUCGAACUCGUUUACAAGAUAUGGAAUAUUAUCUGACAUUAUUAUGGCAUUUGAAUAAAAAAGUUGAAUUGACUUAUUUAGCCAAUGAAUUACAUGAUUUACAACCCAAUGCUGCCAUCACUUGGUGUGUGAUAGGUAAUUUGUUUUCAUUGAUUCAUGAACCAAAUGAAUCAAUCAAAUGUUUCAAUAGAGCAAUCAAAUUAGAUAAAAAAUUCACUUAUGCUUAUACAUUAAAAGGUCAUGAAUAUUUCAGUAAUGAUAAUUAUGAAAUGGCAUUAGAAAAUUUCCGUAUUAGUUUAUUACUAGAUCCUCGUCAUUAUAAUGCCUUGUAUGGAUUAGGAAUGAUUUAUAUUAAUCUUGGUGAUUAUGAAAAAGCCGAUUAUCAUUUCCGUAAAGCAAUUUCCAUUAAUCCAAUCAAUAUAAUUCUAAUUUGUUGUUGUGGUAUGGUAUUGGAAAAAUUGAAUAAACGAACUUUAGCUAUUAAACAAUAUGAAUUAGCUCAUAAAUUACAACCAUUAAAUCCAUUACCAAUUUUUAAAUUGGGUCAAUUAUAUUUUAGUUUGAAAAAUUAUCUGUUAGCUUUGAAAAAUUUUGAAAUUUUGAAAAAUUUAGCACCUAAUGAAGCAAGUGUUCAUUUCUUAUUAGGACAAUUGUAUAAUUUACAAAAUGAUAAAUUUUUGGCAAUUAAAGAAUUUACCGUGGCUUUAAAUUUAGAUCCUAAAGGUAAUUAUUUAAUUCGUGAAGCUAUGGAAUCAUUGAAAAAGAGUUGA